AUGAUAAUCGGAUUGUUUGUUGCAAAUAGCCUGACGGGACAGACGGUCUCCAGAAUGACAAGAGCGAUGGCUGUGUCGAAGAUAGAACACUUUAUACUUGACUUUAUAAGCUCUGGUGUGUCUGCAAGUGGGGUUUUGCCCAAGGGCUUCUACAAGUAUGUUUACAGUAUGGCUGACUCGACUUAUUAUGUUGUGAUUGCAAGUAUGGGAUAUAACAAUGUCAAAGCCCAGGGGAUUCUAGACCUUUUGCAAAAAAACACUGACGGGGAUAUGGUGGAUGCUCUGGUGACAAUGGACAAUAUUCUUUAUGGACAGACGACUUUUGACCCGAACAUCGCCUUGAUAAAGAGCAUGGAUAGCCAAGAAGAAAAGAUUCAUGAGCUGAUGAUGAAGAACAAGAACAAGGAACUUAUUCAGAAACAAAAGGAACUUCAGAGGAGGCCCAUUGGAGACAUUGACCGGGAACUUGAAAGGGUCAGGAAUCUUGAAAUCGAAAUGAGAAACGAAAAUAUACAGCAGCUUAAGAGUAUUGUAAGGACGGGAGGUAACCCUGCCAAAGAAAAAAGAAGGGAGUUAGAGACCUCGAUGAGCUCAGUGUUUAUUCUGUUCAAGGAGAGGCUUAAAAUGGUGAUUGAUAAAGAGAACAAUAUUAAGAGUGGAGAGGUACAAGGAGACAUGAGCAUCACUAUAAGGGAAGAGGAAUACAAGGACAUAGAAAUAAAGCUCGGGAAUGUGGAUAAGGAUAUGAAGUUUAGCCCCAACCUUGAUAAGUCUGUGUCUAAUGAAGGGAUACUUAGGUGUGAAAAGGGAUUUCCUAUUGAGAAGAAUGUGGCUCUUGUAAAGUGGAAGGGGUCCGAUAUCCGAGAGCCACCCAUCACGUUUACAUUCUGGCCUAGUGAGACUAGCCUCAACGUAUAUCAGAUAAUGUUUGAAUAUACAGCGGAAUGCAAUAUGAAGGAUUUGAAUGUCUUUUUUUCCAAGGCCAAUAUUUCCAAUAUUAAAAUCAAUGGGACGGCAAAAGAAAGGGAUUCCCAUAUAGAAUGGAGCAUUGGGGAUGUAGAAAAGGGUACAUCAGACACAUUGGAGUUCAGUUGUACAUGCACAGAUCCUUCCGAGAUCUUUCCCUUGGAGAUAUAUUUUACUUCUGACUUUGUUCUUACGAGAUUAUUUGUAGAGAAAGUAACAAGAUGUGGAGAGGAGGUUGACGAAUUGGAGAUCAAGAAAGUUUUUGAGGUUGACAAAUUCACGGUGGUUGAUGAAUAA